UAGACGCGCGGUUUAUGCGUUCAUCAACCGAUCGACCAAAGUAUUCGGUCAGCAGCUGAUAACAGUCAACUGUACUUCUUCUGAAUUGAAGAAUAUUAUUAACGAUGAAAUCAAUUUGAAAUCUCGAAGGAAAAUGCACAAGGGAGUUACCUCGAUGACAAGUUGGCACCGUCGUCGAAUUGUUGAAAUUUACAGUAGGAUCCUUGCAGACGUCCAAGCUUACUGGUGCAAUUUGUCGGGUUGUCCUCACUUGGCAUCUGAAUGCAAGCAGUUCUCCAGGAUUGCCGAAUCACUACGGCAGCCUGCCUUCAUUGGUCGUUCUUCGCCGUGAGCACAUAUUGACGGAGAUAUUUUCUUCUUUGCCGAAGUUUGAAGGCAGACACCUGAAUCAACAUCGAGUGCAGCGCGCUUUCCCGCGGAAGCAGCUCGCAUUUUGCGAGGCCGCUGUUGAUUCUGACAGAUUUGCCCGAAAGAGCUGUCAAACAAAACCCGAAACUUUCAGGGAAGAUUUUACUUCGAUACGUGUCGUUCAUAGUGGAGGAAUCGGGGGAUCAUGAUGCCCCCCAUAAUUGGGGAAACGCUGCGCGUAUGGUUCCUCUCGGCGCUGGUCGUCCACGGAGCCGUUGCCGGAAAUCCGGACGCGAAACGCCUCUACGACGAUCUGCUGUCCAACUACAACAAACUCGUGCGGCCCGUGGUGAACACCUCGGAUGUGCUGCGCGUAUGCAUCAAGCUUAAGCUCUCACAGCUCAUCGAUGUGAACUUGAAGAACCAAAUCAUGACAACAAAUCUAUGGGUCGAACAGUCAUGGUACGACUACAAACUGCGGUGGGAGCCGAAGGAGUACGGUGGAGUUCACAUGUUGCAUGUGCCGUCCGAUCACAUAUGGCGGCCCGACAUAGUACUCUACAACAACGCGGACGGCAACUUCGAGGUGACCUUGGCCACGAAGGCCACGAUCUACCAUCAAGGAUUGGUCGAGUGGAAGCCGCCAGCCAUAUAUAAAUCAUCCUGCGAGAUCGACGUGGAGUACUUCCCAUUCGACGAGCAGACCUGCGUCCUCAAGUUCGGUUCGUGGACCUAUGACGGCUUCAAGGUCGAUCUAAGACACAUGGAUGAAAAAUCGGGAAGCAACGUGGUGGACGUGGGGGUUGAUCUGUCCGAAUUCUACAUGUCGGUAGAAUGGGAUAUUUUAGAAGUGCCUGCAGUUCGGAACGAGAAGUUUUACACUUGCUGCGACGAGCCCUACUUGGACAUCACGUUCAACAUCACAAUGAGGAGGAAAACCCUCUUCUACACAGUGAACAUUAUCAUCCCCUGCAUGGGGAUAUCGUUUCUCACGGUUCUCACAUUUUAUCUACCUAGUGACAGCGGUGAAAAGGUAACGCUUUCCAUCUCGAUUCUCAUCAGUCUUCAUGUGUUUUUCCUGCUGGUCGUCGAAAUCAUCCCGCCGACAUCACUGGUUGUGCCAUUGCUUGGAAAGUACCUGAUAUUCGCCAUGAUACUUGUCUCGAUAAGUAUAUGUGUUACCGUGGUCGUUCUCAAUGUUCACUUCCGUUCACCACAGACGCACAAAAUGGCACCUUGGGUGAAGAGAGUUUUUAUACAUAUUCUUCCGCGACUUCUAGUCAUGAGGAGACCUCAGUAUAAAUUUGAAACUAGCAGGUACACUUCCGGCAGAGUGUUAAUGAGGACCGUCAGAGGAAAGGAGAAGACUUGUUAUUAUCCUUAUCAUCCGUCGACUCAGGAAGACAGUGAAGAACAUCUUACACCCAAAAGAUUCCACAGCCGUCCUCCAUCAAAAGAAGACCUGUCGCCUUCCAGCCUUACGGACGGCGCGAGGUUUGGAGGCAGCUGCAUGAUUCACGGCCCCCCCUUACCACCGUUACCAUUACACACCGAGUGCGAAGAUCUCUCGGUCUCCGGAGACGCCGGCAUAGAAGAAGUCAAGAGUCCCGCGCUCCGAAGCCCGCCGGUCUUUUCGCAUUCUCGUUGUCCGCCGGAAGUGCACAAAUCGUGCAUCUGCGUGCGCUUCAUUGCCGAGCACACCAAAAUGCUCGAAGACUCGACUAAGGUAAAGGAAGAUUGGAAGUACGUAGCGAUGGUGCUGGACCGUCUGUUCCUCUGGAUCUUUACUCUAGCGGUUCUAGUGGGCACUGCGGGCAUUAUUCUGCAAGCGCCUACCCUCUACGACGAUCGGGUGCCGAUUGACAAGAAGUUCAGCGAGUUUGCAACCACGACGGUGGUGAAGUGUCCGCCCCAGUAGUCCAUGCCCGAGCCCUGCACCGUAGAGAAAGACUAAGGAUCAGACACCCGGAUCCUAGUCUUAGGAGAAUCCGCAAGCUCCACCUCCUUAUCCUCAACGAAAUUACGGCAAAAGGGCUCCGAUUUUGCAAAGAGUGAACUGAAAGUAUAUGAAUGGCAAUUUUGAAGACAGCGCGAUGGGUGGGACGUUAGAUUCCUUUCCUUUAAGAGAGAAACGAAAACCGGAGGAACGAAAUAGAGGCUCGUCGAUAGAAGCGUAAGAGUCACCGAAAGGAGACGAUGUACGUCGUUACGAAAUCCUGAAACGAGAGAACUCGAGGCGACGUCGUCGCUUGAACAAAUUGCACUCGGUGUCUCGAAUAAGGACGCGCCGCUCGCGUGAUGGGCGCGAGAUUUUCGCAAGGAAUACACAUACACCUACAUAGUCUGCUCAAGUAAAUCGUAAUAACGAAGCUGCCACUAUUUAAUCGGGUAACACAUCAGGCUAACGGACGUUACGGUGUAAUACUGUACAGUAAUAUUAAUGCCUCGAGGAACGAGGACCGCGCGCGCGCGCGACGAUCGAGCUUCCGAUCUCCGCCAUUCUGUCAUUCGUCUAAACUCGCGCGAACGGCCGUUAUAAGUCAUCGUUCGAAUAAAUUCGGAUUAAUAAAGUUCGUCGUGAAAUUAGAGCUAAUGCGAAAUUUAUUAAUGUUGAUAUAUUUCUGUCUACGUUACAGAUUUAUAUAAUCUAGAACGAGACGGAAAUACAAAGUUAGCUUCGAUUGAUAACGACGUCGUGAUGCGAUCGUGAUUGCUGCAGCAUCUUGUACAUAC